GUCGGAGCCUUGUAUUUGUUUCGCAGUCCGGUUCGGUGAACGUGUCAUGUUUUUGCCCCCACCGCCACAGGAAUUUGAGCACAGAAUUGUUUUUCUUUGAUCUGCCUGUAUCAGCGACUGUGAGACGAAGAGUGCGACGGAUGGCUCUCAUAUCGCCGUACUUUUAAGUUUUAAUUUUCCGACUGUGUCGCUGUUACGAGAGAAACUGCACUCUUUUGCGGGGGUUGUGAAUUUGCUGAAACAUAACCUCCAUCAACUUGUCAGACAGUCAUUCUUUGGAUUUGUUAUGAUAUUUAGAUAAGAAGAGAACUCAAGAAGGCACAAACCAUGGCCUAUUCUAACCAGCAACAGUACUGGCCUCCUCAAAGUAACCCGGACCAAGUUAGCUACGACCUCAACUUCUCAGAUACUGAUUUUUCGCAAUCAGCUCCUCAGGGACUGGAUUUUCAGAGCUUCUCAUCUGCAGCUGACAACUAUGGUGCUCAACCUGCUGGCAACUACAACUAUGGUGGAUACAAUGAGGCAGAUUCCUUUAUGAGUCCUGAUGCAACGCAAGGUGGCACUGACUUUGAUGAUGAACCACCUUUGUUAGAAGAGCUUGGCAUCGACCCAGACAGAAUCGUUGCGAAGACGUUAGCUGUGCUCAAUCCCUUUCAUGGACAAGGUGUUACUGAUGAUGCUAAUUUUCUCCUGCAGGAUGCUGACUUGGCUGGCCCUGGUCUGUUCUGUCUAUUAUUAGGAGCUUGUCUCUUGCUCUCAGGGGGCAAAGUCCCAUUUGGUUAUAUUUAUGGACUUGCCAUGAUAUCCUGUAUUGUUAUGUACAUACUAUUAAAUCUCAUGACCACAACUGUUAGCAUUACUUUAGCAUCUGUUGCAUCUGUCCUUGGUUAUUGUCUUCUUCCUGUUGUUGGUUUAUCAGGCCUUGGAAUUUUUGUUCCUUUGACAGGCAUCUUUGGCUUGGCUGCUGGACUUUUUAUUGUUGUUUGGUGUGCUCUCUCAGCAUCAAGAUUAUUUGUUACCAUGUCGAGUGAUCCUCAACAAAGGCCUUUGGUAGCCUAUCCAUGUUGUUUGUUGUAUGGUGUGUUUGCUCUGAUUGUAAUAUUCUGAUUGAGUGCCAUAUUUCAUUAUCUACAAUACCCAAUGUCCUGAAAUUUUUAAGUGGAAUAACUGUAAAUUAGAUGGCUCUCUUUGAUGUUGAUUAUUUAACUUAAUAAACCUUUCCUUGUCAUGCGUAA